AUGCUGCUUUUAAUCACAAUAUCCGUUCUCUUCAUUUACACUGUUGUAUUGAUUGGCUUCUUCAUGGGAUGGUGUACUCUGAUACCAAUGAUGUUUCAUCCAAGAAAGGAAAUUCCAUUUUGCGCCGUGAAAUCACCAAGACGAAACACUAAAUAUGGCGAUGUUGAAUCUACUAUUUCUAGUUCAUUGUCAAUAGAAUGUACGCAUCGAAUUUUUGAAUCAACAGAAAAACUGGACAGGAGGUAUUCAUCAUAUGACGUUCAAUCACCGUUAAGCGAUUAUCUCCAUCCCAAAUAUUCAUUGCCUCCAAUAAAAAUUGAUUUUGAUUCAGAGCAGAUGUAUUUUAAGCAGUAUUUACGUACGCCUGCUCAUUUAUCUGUGAAGAAAAUAUCAGUACCAAAAUCAGUUCCAGGAAGCAAAUCACUGCAAUCAGCAUCAGUUGCUCAAUAUGAAACUGUUAUUGUAUAG